AAGAGAAAAUGAGCAUAAAUCUAGAGUAGAGCCUACAUAGUAGCUGGAUUUGCUUGCACUGUGACUAGGUUUCAACAAGUAAUGAUGCUGAUAUAUAUUUGGGCUAAUAAUGCGACUUAUUCUUCGAACUCCGGUCCCUGCCAAUCUCAUUUCAGGUGCUUGUUACAUUUUCCGCUGCUUGCUUUCUCCACAGUUUAAGCUUUUCUCAACCCAAGAUGUAUAUGUUUGCAACGUCAAGAUUGGUGCCUUAUCAAGAGCGGGUAAGAUUGAAGCCGCCCGCCAAUUGUUUGAUGAAAUGCCCACGAAAGACGUUGUUACAUGGAAUGCUAUUGUUACUGGGUACCGGAAAAAUGGGUAUUUUGGAGAAUCAAAGAGACUGUUCGAAUUGAUGCCUACUAGGAAUGUGGUGUCCUGGAAUUCCAUGAUAGCGGGGUGUUUCGAAAAUGAGAUGGUUGAUGAGGCUUUUAGGUACUUUCGGUCGAUGCCGGAGAGAAAUAUUGCUUCUUGGAAUGCUAUGAUAUCAGGUUAUGUGAAAUAUGAUCGGCUGGAGGAAGCUAGUAGGCUUUUUGAAGAGAUGCCGAGGAGGAAUGUUAUUUCUUAUACGGCAAUGAUUGAUGGGUAUGCAAAGAAAGGAGACCUAGAGCGGGCAAGAGCACUUUUUGAUUGCAUGCCCAAUAAGAAUGCCGUUUCUUGGACCGUGCUGAUCAGUGGGUAUGUGGAGAAUGGGAAGUUGGAUGAAGCAAGGGAAUUGUACGAGCAGAUGCCAGAGAAAAAUGUGAUUGCAAUGACCGCUAUGGUCACAGGGUACUCUAAGGAGGGGAAGAUGGAGGAGGCGAGAACUUUAUUUGAUCAAAUUCAGUGUAAGGAUCAUGUCUCCUGGAAUGCAAUGAUAACAGGCUACACACAAAAUGGCAGCGGAGAGGAAGCUUUGAAGUUACAUUCACAGAAGCUCAAGAUUGGUUUGCGUCCAGAUAAAUGGACCCUUGUUUCGGUUCUUACCGCCUGUUCUAGUCUUGCAUUACUUAAAGAAGGGAGACAAACUCACGUACUCAUUAUCAAACAUGGAUAUGAAUCAAAUUUAUCCAUAUGUAAUGCUUUGAUUACCAUGUACAGCAAAUGUGGUGCAAUCCUUGAUUCUGAGUUAGCGUUCAAACAAAUUGAGAGUCCAGACCUUGUCUCAUGGAACACCAUUGUUGCUGCAUUUACACAGCAUGGUCUCUACGAGAGAGCUCUUGCCUUUUUCAACCAGAUGGGGUUGCUUGGCUUUCAGCCAGAUGGUAUAACAUUUCUUAGUCUGUUAUCUGCUUGUGCUCAUGCGGGGAAGGUGAAUGAAAGCAUUGAUUUGUUUGAGGCAAUGGUUAGUAAUUAUGGUAUUGCCCCUAGAUCGGACCAUUAUGCUUGCUUGGUUGAUAUUUUGGGUCGAGCAGGUCAGUUAGAGAAGGCUUGCAAGAUAAUCCAAGAGAUGCCAUUUGACGGAGACUGUCAGAUAUGGGGUUCUCUUCUUGCAUCUUGCAGUGUUUAUGUAAACGUGCAAAUAGGGGAACUAGCUGCCAAGAAAAUAUUAGAUCUAAAUCCUCAUAGUUCUGGGCCUUAUGUUUCGUUGUCUAAUAUAUACGCAACUGCCGGAAAGUGGAGAGAUGUUGCAAGAUUGAGAACUCUGAUGAAAGAGCAUGGAGUUAAGAAGCAACAUGCGCACAGCUGGACAGAGAUUGGAAAUAAGGUGCACAUUUUCCUGGGAGGGGAUAUAUCUCAUCCAGAUAUUGAUAAGAUUCAUUUGAUGCUCAAAAGGAUCAGUCUACACAUGGCAGUGGAUGAUUUUGCAGAGAUCGGUGUUCCGUGGAGCUGUUCUUACUGACCUAUGGUAUGGGAUGCAUUGGUUUUUAUCCAGGGGCAGAGCCACAGCAGCCCCCCAAACACCACCUUUCAUGUAAAAUGUAUGUUAAACUUCUGUAAUGAAAGUCCUGCAAGCUCAAUGCCCUGAGGCUUUGGCAUG